AUGGUUGAAAUACCCAGAAAGACAGUCCUGAUCACCGGCUGUAGCGAGGGAGGAUUAGGAGCUGCCCUGGCCCGAUGCUUUGAACAAACGGGCUUCCAUGUCUUUGCCACUGUCCGCGACCCCGGGAAAGCGGCUUCGCUUCAAGGCGAGCAUAUCGAAGUGCUGCCCCUUGACGUUACCUCGACCGAGACAAUUCAACAGGGCGCCGAUCUGGUGCGAUCCAAAACGGGCGGCACGCUAGACGUGCUCGUGAACAAUGCUGGGUCCAUGCUCAUGGGUCCUUUGCUGGAUGUCUCUUUGGACGAGAGCCGGCAGGUGUUCGAGGUUAAUGUGUGGGGGAUGCUCGCAACAACGCAAGCGUUUGCUCCCAUGUUAGUCCAGAGCAAGGGAGUUAUGUUGAACAUCUGCUCCAUCGCCGGAGCCGUCCGAAUGGCCUGGCAGGGGAUCUACAAUAGCUCGAAAGCGGCGGAAACAUGGCUAUCUGAGACCAUGCGCAUUGAGAUGGAGCCACUGGGCGUGCGGGUAAUCACGGCCAUGGUGGGUGAGGUCGAGACCAAGAUCUACCACAACGGCCGGUCCCUCCAGCUGCCCCAAGAAUCAUAUUACAGGACUGUCCAGCACAUUAUCGCCGACCAAGCGGCCGGAAAACUUCAGAAGAGCAACGAGCGGGCCGAUGUGACAGCACGGAACCUGGUGCGCGAUGUCCUGAGCGGCCGUUCUGGCUUCACCUGGCGCGGGGGCGUGGCUGGAACUGCAAAGCUAGCGUUGUGGUUGCUGCCCACGCGGCUGUUUGUGAGUAACUGCGGCCUUGCUUUUGCUGCCGGUGAUUAA